AUGGUCCUCAAGCGAAAGCGUUCUGCCUCCGAGCUCCUGUCCUCGCCCUCGUCCGUGUCCUCUUUCAACUCGCCUCCCCAUGGAGCGGCCAUCAGGAACCCAUUUGCCACUAUGGACAUGACACCCAUCCACCUGCACAGUCGUACCCUCAAGCGGUUCCGUGACUCUCGACCUUCAGAAAACGAAGUCCACCAGCGUACACUCAACAUGCUGUACUCCGCCCAGCACCAGCCCGAGCAACACGAUGAUACCCUCCUUUCCCUGGAAGAGCCCCGGCAGACAGCCCAGCCUGAAGCCAACCAGCAAUCCCUGCACCGCUUCUGGAAUAUCUCAUCCAUGCCGACCCCAUCACCC